AUGAUGUCCGGUGGGCGGAGAACUCGGUCCUACGGCCGCCAACGAUCGCCGUCCAGUAGUAGUUUUUCCUCCAUCUCGGCCGAACCUCUGUUGAUGCAUACCCAGGAAAUCUACACAAACCCGGUUCCUUCCUUUUUAGAAGUCAAACCUGGGUUGGAGGUUGUUUCGGAAAAGAUAGGCAUGGAAGAAGCUGAUGUGGCGGGAGGACGAGGAGGAUCCCAGUCAGUUCUGGAGAAAGUAUCUUCGUUCAAUUUUGGGUCUCGGUUUCCCUCGCAGAAUCAAUUGUCGAUGCACUCUUCGGCAUCAGGAUUAUCAUUGCAAAAUUCUACAUUUUUGGCUCCAGGUGACAUUAACAAUAUGUCUCCUUCGCAACAUGGAAAUGGGGAAGGUGGUGAGCAGAACGAGAGAUGGACUCCAAGCAAUCCACAGUCCGCCUUGUCUUCCUUGGCCUUGAAACCCAAUUGGCGACUGCGGGACCGCAUGAAGACGGUUGGAGUUGCAUUAGUUUUGGCACUUAAUGUUGGAACGGAUCCUCCGGAUAUUGUCAAACCAAAUCCAUGUGCCAAACUCCAAUGCUGGAUGGACCCAUCGUCUGUGUCGAGAGCCAAGGCGGCUACGGACAUUGCCGAGCGACUGCAGGCCCAAUACGAAAAGUGGCAACAGCAGCGAUCCACUCGAAAUUUGCGGUACCGGCGGUUGCACGAUCCUACCGUGGAAGACGUCCGGGCACUCUGCUUGUGGCUCAGGAAACAGACCCGCCAAGAACGAGUUCUAUUUCAUUACAAUGGACACGGAGUUCCAAGACCAACGCCCAAUGGGGAAAUAUGGGUUUUUGACAAAAAUCAUACCGAAUACAUACCUCUUUCUGUGUCUGAUUUGAGGCAAUGGCUGGGCAAGCCGACCAUUAUUAUUUUGGACUGCAGCAGUGCGGGUGUCCUGCUACCAUUCUUGACACGACCCGUGUCGGAGAACUCUCCUCCCAACACACCCCAACCAGGCACGCCCACUCGAAAUCCUUCCAACAGUUUCCGAGACAGAGGCCACAACUACAACAACAACAACAACAACAAUAGAAUUGAUAUGGAUACGGCUGCAUCCAAUUGGGUCAAGGACACAAUCGUCUUGUGUCCAACAUCGGAGAAUGAGGGUCUUCCGAUGCAUCCGGACUAUCCAGCUGAUAUUUUUACAUCUUGUCUAACGACACCAAUCAAGAUUGCCCUUCGGUGGUUUGUUCGACGCAACCAGCACUCCAUGGGCAGCAUUGAUCCAGAGUCGGUGGACUCAAUUCCAGGAGAACCAAACGACCGCAAGACACCAAUGGGAGAGUUGAAUUGGAUCUUUACAGCAGUCACAGACAGUAUUGCCUGGGAUGUCUUGCCCAUGCCACUCUUCCAACGACUCUUUCGUCAAGAUUUGCUUUUGGCAUCCAUGUUUCGCAACUUUCUCUUGGCAGAUCGAAUCCUCAGAAGUCUGAAUUGUACUCCGCAAUCCUAUCCACCCUUGCCACAAGGAGUCGCCGAUCAUCCAUUGUGGCAGGCUUGGGACUUGGCCUGUGAGACCUGCCUCUUUGGAUUGAUUCACGAUGGAAUUUUGCAGCCAGUGGUAGUACCAAGGAAAACACAGCCUACGCACCACCAUCAAAAUUCGUCAGGAAUCCCGUCCAUACCUUCCAAUCAUUCCAGUCCAAUCACCACCCCGCCUGUCGUGCCAAUCGCUCAAACAACAGUGCCACAACAAAUGAUGCUGCAACCGACAGGUCAGCCUAUUGUUCCAUCAAUGUCCUCGGCGUCUUCACCAUUCUUUUCAGAACAACUGCGAGCCUUUGAAGUUUGGUUGGAAUAUGCUUCAAUUCACAAGGAUCGCCUGGAGGAAUUGGAUUCCCCAGAACAACUGCCUGUACUACUGCAAGUCAUGCUGUCACAAGUGUAUCGUACCCGGGCCUUGGAGUUGCUUCGUCGAUUUCUAGCGUUGGGACCUUGGGCGGUAAAUCUGGCGCUAAGUCUGGGGAUUUUCCCCUACGUCAUGAAGCUAUUGACAUCGUCAGAAUAUAAGAGUCUGUUGGUGGAUAUUUGGGCAUCCAUUCUUCUCUUUGAUCCCUCUUGUAAGGCCGAUCUGGUAAAGGAUGGAGCAAUUCCACAUUUCAUUCAGCCACUAACGGCUUGGUCAGAAGACGACCCUGCGGCAUCAGCAAAACAGCGAACCUUUGCUGCCUUUUUGUUAGCGGCAACUUGCCACGAACAUCCAAAGGCCCAACUUGAAUGUAUGAGGCAGAAUUUGCAUGGCCACUGUUGCUCAUUGAUCUCGAAUUAUGUGAAGUUAAAAGAGCAGAUUGACGACAAUGGUUAUGAUACCUUGAAUUCACAACUUAUGCCAUCGGCAAAUCGGGAAUGGAUCUGCACCUGCAUGGGCAACAUGAUACAAGGCAACCCAAUUGCACAGCAAGAAGCCUAUAAAUCGAAUAUGCACUCUUGUUUGAUAUCCAGAUUGGAGGACGACGAUGCUGCCAGUGUCCGAGCCGCAUGUGCAUUUGCACUUGGAUGCCUCUUUGACUACUCGUCUGAUGCAGCUCCAACAGCCCCGCCUCCAAUGAACUUGGGACCAUCUGGCCUUCCACCGCCAACAUUCAAGCCUCAAAAUGCUGGCAUGAUGCAGCAGCAAAUGAUGCAGCAACAACAGCAGCAAUUGCUGUCACCACAACAGGGCUUUGGUCAACAACGGAUGCCUGGUGGCAUCUCAACUAUUCCCAGCGGACUAACAUCGUCUUCGGCAUUGUCAGCUGGACUACAAGGGCGUCAAUACCAGCAGCAAACGCAUCAGCCAGGGGCGAUAUCAAACCAACUGCAGCCACAGCAGCGGCAACAACAGCCACUUCAGCCACAGCUACAACCACAGAUACAAGGCCUUACUCCGCAACUUCAACCUGGAGGACAGCCUUCGAUGCUGAGUCCAAUAGGCGCAACAUCACGGGGGCUUCGUUUGGGAGGACAACAGCUUUCCUCUGGAGUUCCCUUCCUGAACCAGCAAGGCAUGUUCAGCCCACAGCGGGCUGGCGGAAACGUUCUGGGGGCGUCCACACCAUUUUCGCCGGAUCGUAAUACGUCCUUUAUCGGAUCACAGCUUGACAAUUCCAUGCAGCAAAGUCUAUUGCCCCAACAGACGACUCGCGCUGUGUACGAAAACAGACAGCGAACCGGCCUGGAUCUUACAGUUUCCGAAGCUCUAUGCAACGCGCUGGUUGAUGGAAGUGCUUUGGUACGACAUGAAGCCACCAUGGCGCUGUGCAAUUUCGUAGAAAAGUACAUUGAAGCCUUUUUGGUAGUGGCUGAAGAAUCUGUUGAAAAAUCCAAUGCGAGCGAAACGGAGGCCCAAAACGUCACUACUGUCCCCCGAGGUUUUGAUCGUGUGGCUCUGGACCGAUUGGCAGUCUGCUGGAAAACUUUAAAGGGUUUGCAACAAAGGGAGACGCAUCCAAAUGUGGUCAAGGUUGUGAUGACACUGAUGAGUCUUGUGAAUGAUCAACUGAUGGACCUCCGAAUGAAGGCAAAGAAAGAGCAAUCACUGGAAGAAAAACUUCAUGGCAUUGAAGAAGAAGGAAUCGGAACUGACAUUGAUAGCAUUCAAUCGUCGCCCAAGAUGUUGUCUCCACGAAUUGGAUCUGCCAGCAGCUCCACUUCGUUAAGACGAAUGUCCCCAAGCGGAAUCGUUCUGAACAAUGGCCUCCAACACUCGACAAGCUCAUUGAGUGGUCUUGUGAACUCCCCCGACGUCAACUCAGAGAAGAGCAAGAACGAAUACAUCUUUCCCAAGUCCACCUUCUAUUCCUGGAAAGUGGAAACCUUCCCAGACAAUAUCGAAAAUGCUGAAGAGAAGGAACUGGAGGACUUGGAUCCCUUGAAUCCAGCGGGUGCGCUUUUGGCGUACCAGGAGCAACGCAAUUUCAAUGUAUUGUACAAGGCUCGCAAGCUAGCAAAACACUUUGAAAACUUGAGACCCAAGAAAUCAGCCAAACGAGAACGAGGGCCCUAUAUUGACGAUAUGGACGAUAGCGAGGAUGAAGAAGCAGAAGCCCAAGAUUUGGCGUUGAAGAAUGCACUCAGAGUAAAGGAAUCCAAAGUAUUUCGGAACAAGGGACACACAAUGACGUCCAUGCUCAAGUUCCACUCCUAUGAGGAUGUCUUGAUGGUAUGUGAUGAUCAAGAUAGUGUCUCAUUUUGGGACUAUGAAAAUGGAAACCGGGCGCUCUGUUUCAACAAUGGGAACCCCAAAAAUACUCGAAUGACUGCUGCCUUUUGGAUCAAUGAAUCGUCAAGGAAUCUAUUCUUUGUUGGCUGUGAUGACGGAUCCGCUCGGAUAUGGGAUGGAACAUUGGAACGAAAUGGAUACAUUGCAUCUGGAGGUCCGUCGUUGCUGUCUACUUUUGACGCGGCUCCAGACAUUGGGGAAGGAGGACCUGGUGGUAGUGGUCUCUUCUGCGAAUGGCAACAACACAGCAACAAGUUAAUUGCUGGAGGAAACUCUAAAUAUAUUCGCUGUUGGGACUUGGAAACGGAAAAGUGCGCUCGAACUCUCCCCACCAACACGGACGCUUGCGUCACUACCUUGUGCACUGCUUGGGAUUAUGAAUUGGAAAUAGCCGCCUCGGGAAGCAUGGGCAUGGGCCCCAAUACCGUCGUGGCUGGCCAUUCGGAUGGCUCGCUAAAACUCUUUGACAUUCGAUCUCCCACGGGAGCUCUACCCAUGGAUGCAAGACGAAGGACACCCCGCAAAGACAAGUACGCAGAGCACUCAAGUUGGAUUGUGGAAUUGUCGUUAGUAAGUUAUAAUGGCCGAGCCGAAUUGGUGUCCGGCAGUCUGGAUGGAGAAUUGCGAACCUGGGACUUGCGCAUGAAGGGCAGUCUCCGCAGCUUUGAAGUCCAACGGGGCAUGACAGCUCUUUCGGUACACAAACAAAUCCCAUUGGUAGCCGCAGGUUCCCACACCAAAUACAUCAAAAUUACCAAUUUGGAAGGAGAUGGUUUGCAGAUUAUUCGGCAUUACGACGAAUUGCACAAGCAAAAAUUGGACCCCAUUAGUUGUUUGGCGUUCCACAAGCACAAAAUGAUCUUGGCAGCAGGGACGACCGACUCGUUGGUGAGCAUUUACAAGCCACGGCAUACACCCAGAAUAUGA